AGCUUAUUGCACCAAGAUCAGGAGAAAACAACUGAAGUCGCGUGUCCUCGGGAGAAAUCCCUACAGCAGGAGGAACCUCAGAAAAUUUGCUGAACUUUGCAUCUCCACUUGCUGUUAAUUCUGCCUCCAACGAUGGACUGUGCCUAUUCUGACUGUGACCAGAGCGAGCUGUCCUUCCCACUGACAGAUGAAGAGGAUAGCCUCAGUUUCCUAACUGCGUCACCUUCAUCUUCUGUCAGUAACCCAUCUGCCGAGCACCUCCUCGCGAGUCCGUCUCCCAGCUCCAAUAUAGAGAGCGCAGAGGACCCGCGAGACAAGAAACGCAAACCGAGAGGCCGCUCAAAAGCAAAGCCCCAAAGCAGCCUCCACCUAGUGAAGAGAAACCGGAGGACCAAAGCCAAUGACCGCGAGAGGAACAGGAUGCACAACCUGAAUUCCGCUCUAGAUGACCUCCGCGGUGUCCUGCCAACUUUCCCCGACGAUGCCAAGCUGACCAAGAUAGAAACCCUGCGGUUCGCCCAUAAUUACAUCUGGGCUCUGUCUGAAACCCUCAGGUUAGCCGACCAGUGUAUGGACAGCAGCCGCAAGCAAGUGAUGCUGCCUGGCUAUCUGAAAAGCAUUGACCCACCCAGCCCUGGCAGUGAUGAAGGAUCCUGGGUGACCACUGCAUCCCCAUCAUCUGCAACCACUUGCACUUCCAGUCCAGCCAGUCCCUCCACCUCCGAAGACUAUGCAUAUAAAAGAUCUUCAGAAAGCAUCUCAUUACGCACUAUACAAAAAGAGUUUCUCAAUGAAGUGACCUGUUUCAAUGAAUACCAUUGAGGGUAAUCAAUCCGAAACCCACAAGUGACUGUUUCACAUUUAUGCCUUAAGACUGCACGAACUGACUACCUUUUUUAAAAAAAAGAAAACAGUUUUCAGUCAGUGAUGGCCAGUAGAAAAUUCUUUUUUAUAUAUAUAAAUAUAUGCUGGUAGUUCUUUUAAUAGAAAAGCAAUGCAAAAAAGAACAUUUUAACAAUUUGCUGUUUCUUUCAAACGCUGGGGUUACAAGUGAUAAUGAUUAGCAGCGCUCUAAAGAGUUGUCAGCUCUUUCAAACCGUCUUAAGCUUUUUCUCUCGGUGCACUUUUCUGAUUUCCACAAAAGCUUUCUUUGUCUGUCAUCACAGAAUAGACAUCAGCCUCUAUUUAAUGCGAUUUAGGGUUAAAAGAGGGAGAGAGAUUUGUUUCUGCAGACGAGGUGAAAAGUCAGCUUUACAAUUUGUAAAGUCCUAAUGAAGAAAAAUGAGCGUGGAAAUUUAGUUUGAACGCCCUGACAAUAGGAUGAAAGAAACAGAGAAAGGAGACAAGAAGCGGGGUUCAUACAUUAUGGAUCCCGACCUCCGGCGCUGUUCUUAAAGUCUCGGACAUUGGACAUGGGUUUCAGGCCAAGCUGGGCACAGUGCCCAUGUGUUAUUUAUUCAAGGAGAAGCAUUCAUAUGAAGAUGUAUUUUUUUUGUACACAAAGAGUUUAUUCUAAUAUGUAUUCUUCCCAAGUUAAUGU